AUGGGUAACGACCAUCUCGGAGAUCUGGCUCACCAGUCGCCAUCACCACAUUGCCGGGGCUUCUUCCUACUCCCGACGCUGUCGCGCUUCCUCGCCGACUUUACGCUCGGCUUUGCCGACGGCCUAACGGUGCCCUUUGCCUUGACGGCGGGCCUCUCAUCGCUCGGCCAGACCGACACGGUCAUCUACGCCGGCAUGGCCGAGAUCUGCGCCGGCAGCAUCAGCAUGGGCAUUGGCGGCUACCUGUCUGCGCGCGGUGAGGUGACGGCUGCUGCUUCUGCGGCGGCGGCGGCGGCGGUGGCAACGGACGCUGAAGGCUACAAAUCCGAAGAGGAUGCUCUGCUAGAAAGGCGAUCGGGCAGCGCAGGGCUGAAUGGCGAGGACGAAGCCAACGAGGACGAGAGGUUGCCGUCGCCCCUCAUGGCCGGGUUAACUGUAGCGCUGGGCUACCUGGUCGGCGGCAUGCUCCCGUUGUUCCCUUACUUCUUGGUGAACCAAGUCAAGGACGGGUUGGUGUGGAGUUUUGGGGUGUGCGCCGUGGCUCUGUUUGUUUUUGGUUUCUGCAAGCAUCUCGCGCUGAGCGGCCAGCAGCCACGGUCGGGCGGCGAGACGGGCAGGCGGGUGCGUUGGAAAGAUUUGAGACGCAGUGCUUGGGAGGGCGCGCAAAUGGUGAUUUUGGGAAGCGUGGCCGCGCUGGCCGCGGUGUUAUGUGUACGAGCGUUUGAGGGUUUCAGAGGAGGCCAGAGUGCGCAGGCCUCAUGA